AUGGGGACUGACAGUGAAAACCCAGUCCUGAGGAACAUGCUCAUCAGCUUCAACUUGCUUCUGCUGGGCGCCAUUCUCAAGCCUUUUGAGUGCCGGCUGGAGGUGACAACAGAGCCGGCCGAGAGGCCGGCGGUGGAUGAGGAGGGUGGCCUUGCCAACUGCAGCCCAGCCGUCAAAGAACAGCCCAUGGUCUUCCACCACAUCUACAACAUCAACAUCCCCCUGGACAGCUGCUGCUCGUCCAUGUUCAAGUCUUCGGCCGAGGAGGUGAGUUCAGAAGACGACCGGCUGGCAGAUUACGCAGAGCAGACCUCCGACAGCGAGAGCCAGGUCACCUUCACCCACAGGAUAAACUUGCCCAAGCAGGCCUGCAAGUGCUCCACCUCCCUCCCGUCCCUGCAGGAGCUGCUGAGCAGGAUUGAGAUGCUGGAGAGGGAGGUCUCCAUGCUCCGGGACCAAUGCAACUCCAAUUGCUGCCAAGAAAACGCAGCCACAGGGCAGCUGGAUUACACCCCGCAGUGCAGUGGCCACGGGAACUUCAGCCUGGAGUCGUGCAGCUGCGUGUGCAUGGAAGGUUGGGCGGGCAGCAACUGCUCCGAGCCCCGCUGCCCCCGGGGCUGCUCCAGCCGCGGCGUCUGCCUGGAGGGCCAGUGCAUCUGCGACAAUGACUAUGGGGGCGAGGACUGCUCCCAGCUCCGCUGUCCUGCCGGCUGCGGCUCCCGCGGCCUCUGCGUGGACGGCGAGUGCGUCUGUGAGGAGGGUUUCACCGGGGAGGAUUGCUCCCAGCUGCGGUGCCCCCGCGACUGCUCGGGGAAGGGUCACUGCGCCAACGGCACGUGCAUCUGCCGGGAGGGCUACGCUGGGGAAGACUGCGGGUGGCUGCACUGCCCCAACGCCUGCAGCGGCCGUGGAGUCUGCCAGGAUGGUCUCUGCAUCUGCGAGGAAGGCUAUGAAGGGCAGGACUGCUCGGCAGUGGCUCCUCCCGAAAACCUGCGAGUGACGGGGAUCAGCGACAGCUCCAUCGAGCUGGCGUGGGACAGCCCGGGGGCAGCCACCGAGUACGUCAUCUCGUACCAGCCGGCGGGGCUGGGGGGCACCCAGCUCCAGCAGCGGGUGCCCGGAGACUGGAGCAGCAUCACCAUCACAGAGCUGGAGCCGGGCAUUGCCUACAACAUCAGCAUCUACGCAGUCAUCAGCGACAUCUUGAGCAUCCCUGUAACCUCCAAGGUGAUGACCAACCUCGCCACACCGCAGGGGCUGAAGUUCAAGACCAUCACAGAGACAACGGUGGAGGUGCAGUGGGAGCCCUUCUCCUUCCCCUUCGACGGCUGGGAGAUCAGCUUCAUCCCCAAGAACAACGAGGGCGGCGUGAUCGCCCAGCUCCCCAGCACCGUCACCACCUUCAACCAGACGGGGCUGAAGCCAGGGGAAGAGUACACUGUCACCGUGGUGGCCCUGAAGGAACAAGCCAGGAGCCCCCCCACCUCCGACAGCGUCUCAACCCUCAUCGAUGGCCCGACGCAGAUCCUGGUGCGGGACGUCUCUGACACGGUGGCCUUCGUGGAGUGGACGCCGCCGCGUGCCAAGGUGGACGCCAUCCUGCUGAAGUACGGGCUGGCGGACGGGGAGGGGGGGAGGACCACCUUCCGCCUGCAGCCCCCCCUCAGCCAGUACUCCCUGCAGGCCCUGCGCCCCGGCGCCCGCUACCGCCUCGCCGUCAGCGCCCUCCGGGGUGCCAACGAGAGCCAACCGGCCCUCGCCCAGUUCACCACAGAGAUCGAUGCCCCCAAGAACCUGCGGGUGGGCUCGCGGACGCCCGCCAGCCUCGAGCUCGCCUGGGACAACAGCGAGGCCGAGGCGCACAGCUACAGGGUGGUCUACAGCACCCUGGCUGGGGAGCACUACCAUGAAGUCCUGGUGCCACGGGACACCGGUCCCACCACCCGGGCCACCCUCGCAGAUCUGGUGCCGGGGACAGAGUACGGCAUCGGGAUUUCGGCUGUGAUGGACAGCCAGCAGAGCGUGCCAGCGACCAUGAACGCCAGGACCGAGCUUGAUAGCCCCCGGGACCUCCUGGUAACAGCCUCCACAGAGACGACCAUCUCACUGACCUGGACCAAAGCCACAGGGCCCAUCGACCACUACCGUGUCACCUUCACCCCCGCCUCAGGGAUGGCCUCCGAAGUGACAGUGCCCCGGGAUGAGUCACAGCUCACGCUCUCAGAGCUGGAGCCCGGGACAGAGUACACCAUCUCUAUCAUCGCCGAGAGGGGACGCCAGCAGAGCCUGGAGGCCACCGUGGAUGCCUUCACAGGGGUCCGGCCCAUCACACAGCUCCACUUCUCCCAGCUGACAUCCUCCAGUGUGAAUGUCACGUGGAGUGACCCAUCCCCCCCAGCAGACCGCCUCAUCCUCACCUACAACCCCCGGGAGGAGGAGGAGGAGACACAGCAGGUCACACUUGACGGCAGCCGCAGGCACACCAGCCUGACGGGCUUGCAGCCAUCCACCGAGUACCUGGUGUCGCUGGUGGCUGUGCAUGGCACCAUCAGCUCUGAGCCCGUCGUGGGCUCCAUCACGACAGGGAUCGACGCACCAAAGGACCUCAGGGUGGGCAACGUCACGCAGGAGUCCAUGAUGGUCUAUUGGAGCCCUCCCAUCGCUGCCUUUGACCAUUAUAGAAUAUCCUACCGCGCCGCUGAAGGGAGGACAGACAGCACCGCCAUCGCCAGCGAUGCCACCGAGUACACCCUCCGCCGCCUGCAGCCCGCCACCAAAUAUGAGAUCGGGGUGAAGAGCGUGCGGGGCCGGGAGGAGAGCGAGGCGGCCUCCAUCACCGUGCACACAGCCAUGGAUGCCCCCUUGGGGGUCACGGCCACCAACGUCACCCCCACAGAGGCGCUGCUGCAGUGGAACCCGCCGCUGUCGGAGGUGGAGAGCUAUGUCCUCGUCCUCACCCGCCGUGCAGUUGCAGGAGAAACAAUUCUUGUGGAUGGAGUCAACCAGGAGUACCAGCUGACCAACCUCCUGCCCAGUACCACCUACACAGUCUCUAUGUACGCCACCAACGGGCCUCUCACCAGCCAGACCAUCAGCACCAACUUUACAACUCUUUUGGAUCCUCCAACAAAUCUGACCGCCAGCGAAGUCACUCGACGGAGUGCCCUGCUCUCUUGGGUGCCUCCCAUGGGAGAGAUCGAGAACUACGUCAUGACCUACAGAUCCACUGAUGGCAGCCGGAAGGAGCUGAUUGUGGAUGCCGAGGACACGUGGAUUCGCCUGGAGGGGCUUUCUGAGACUACAGAGUACACCGUGCGCCUGCAAGCUGCCCAAAACGCCAUGCGGAGCGGCUUCAUCUCCACCACCUUCACCACAGGCGGCCGUGUCUUCGCUAACCCUCAGGACUGCGCCCAGCACCUGAUGAACGGAGACACGCUGAGUGGUGUCUACACCAUUUCCAUCAACGGAGACCUCAGCCAGCGAGUGCAGGUGUACUGCGACAUGACCACCGAUGGAGGUGGCUGGAUUGUCUUCCAGAGGCGGCAGAACGGGCUGACCGAUUUCUUCCGGAAAUGGGCAGAUUACCGGGUUGGCUUCGGAAACUUAGAGGACGAGUUUUGGCUGGGCUUGGACAACAUCCACAAGAUUACGUCCCAGGGACGCUACGAGUUGCGAAUAGACAUGAGGGAUGGCCAAGAAGCGGCGUACGCCUACUACGACAAGUUCUCCAUCGGCGACUCCCGGACCCUGUACAAGCUGCGAAUUGGGGACUACAACGGCACUUCAGGGGACUCCCUCACCUAUCACCAGGGCCGCCCUUUCUCCACCAAGGACAGGGACAACGACGUCGCUGUGACCAAUUGCGCCAUGUCCUACAAAGGGGCCUGGUGGUAUAAGAAUUGCCACCGCACCAACCUCAAUGGCAAGUAUGGAGAGUCCCGGCACAGUCAGGGGAUUAACUGGUACCAUUGGAAAGGCCACGAGUUCUCCAUCCCCUUCGUGGAAAUGAAGAUGCGACCUUACAACCACCGUAACAUCUCUGGGAGGAAACGACGGUCCCUACAGCUCUGA